GCAACAUGGCCGACGAGUGGACCUUCGUCGGGCGCAAGCAGAAGAAGAGCUUCAAGCCCAAGACGCCAGCAGCGCCCAAGGCGCCAGCGGGCCCGGCCUUUGUCUACACGGAGAAGACGGUCGCCAAGGCGUCCAAGGUGACCGGUGUCGACAAGGCCAUCGACCGCGCGCGCACGAUUCGCGACGCCAUGCGGACGUCGAGCUUCUUUGCGCGCAUCUGCAAUGUCCUUGUGGCGCAUCUGCCGCUUGAGACGCCGCUGCAGCUCGUGGCCUACGGUGUCGGGUCGUUUGCACAUGGCCCGAGCGGCAACGCCAUCUACCAGCUCGCGUGCGCGUCGCUCCUGCGCGAGUUCCUCGCCACCCACGAGGCGCUCGCCGAAGCUUUUAUCUACGACCCGAUCAUGACCGAGGAUGACAAUGAGGUGGCGGCCGCCAUGGACCUCGCCGUGCUCGAAACCAACGAGCAAGGCCAGCGCACGGCGCAGACGCGGACGCUCUUCUUCAUGCCGCACUGCGGCAAGCAGCUGUACCAAAACGUCUUGCUGAGCAACUGGCGGUCGCUCGAGAAGGUGUACGUCCUUGGCAACAGCUUUGCGGCGUACGACGACCGCCUCCUCGUCAAGGCGGAGCGGGCAAAGUCCAUCUUUAGCGCGCUCGUCCCGUAUACGACCGAGGUGGCGCUCGGGCCAUGUGACAAGAAGACGGUGCGCGACCAUGUUGAAUACGAUGCUGCGUUCAACGAUACGAGUUUGCACGUCUUCUCCGAUGCGCAGCUCCGCGCGGCGACGGACGAUGGCCUCUUUACAAGGGACGUCGACGCAUUUGACGUGGGCACUGACGAAGACCUUAUGUAAUUUUGCGUGUGUUCCAGGA